AUAUAAAGCGACACCCAGCCUGAUUUUGAGCAGCGUCGCCUGGCAGAGCCUCUUGAAGGGAUCAGGUUCUGGUGGGAGGGGACACGCCUCUCUCUGCAGUCUUUGGCCCCCCCGCCCAGGGCACGGGAGGCCUGGCACCUGAACCCACGGCCUCUGUUGAAGCCUUCUCCUGGUCAGCCCAGCCAGCGUUCUGGCCCAUGGAAGUCAGCUUAGUCACCGUCCUCCUCCUGGCUCUUUGCCUUUCCUGCCUGCUGCUGCUCUUUCGAGGAGAUGGACGGGGCACAAAGGCGCGCCUUCCCCCCGGGCCUCAACCAUUGCCCUUCAUAGGCAACCUGCUUCACCUGGAUACCAAGAAUAUCAUCAAGUCCUUGUUGGCGCUCAACAAGGAGUAUGGCUCGAUCUUCACCGUCUACAUGGGGCUCCGGCCUGUGGUGGUGCUGUGUGGGUACCAAGCUGUGAAGGAGGCCCUGGUGGACCAAGGCGAGGAGUUCAGUGGUCGGGGAGACAUGCCGGUCUUGUUCCGAUUCACUCAAGGGAACGGAAUUGCUUUCUCCAAUGGGGAAAAGUGGAAGAUUUUGCGGCGUUUUGCCAUUCAGACGUUACGGGACUUUGGAAUGGGCAGGCGCAGCAUUGAAGAGCGAAUCCAGGAGGAGGCCCGCUGCCUGGUGAAGGAGUUUGCCAGGAUGAAAGAGGCCUUUGACCCCACAUUCCUCCUCGGCUGCUCGGUCUCCAACGUCAUCUGCUCCGUAGUCUUCGGAGAUCGGUUUGACUACGAGGACCAGCAAUUCCUGACUUUUAUCGGGCUGAUCAACGACAACUUCCGCCUCUUCAGCUCUUCCUGGGCUCAGAUGUACAACAUUUUCCCCCACAUCAUGUAUUAUCUGCCUGGACCACACAACCAGAUUUUUUCCAACUUUGAGAAGUUGCGGACUCUGGUGAAGGAGAUAGCCAAGGCCCACCAGGCCACCCUGGAUCCCAGCUGCCCGCGUGAUUUUAUGGACAGCUUCCUCCUCAAGAUGCAGCAGGAGAAGGAAGAUCCACUCAGCUUCUUCCACACUGACACUCUGAUCAUGACCACCCACAACCUGUUCUUUGCGGGCACUGAGACCAUCAGCACCACCCUCCGCUACGCCCUUCUCAUCCUCAUGAAGUUCCCCGAAGUGACAGCCAAGGUACAGGAGGAGAUCGCGAAGGUUGUUGGCUCCGAGCGCAGCCCGUCCAUCGCUGACCGGGCACAGAUGCCGUACACGGACGCUGUGAUCCACGAGGUGCAGAGGUUCGCUGACAUCAUCCCGAUGGGCAUCCCCCACGCACUUACCAAGGACACCCGUUUCCAGGGCUGCUUCUUUCCUGAGGGCACCAACGUUUUGCCUUUCCUCCACUCGGUGCACAGAGACCCCACCCAGUUCAAAAACCCCGAGAUGUUUGACCCCGCGCACUUCCUGGACGCGCCCCCGCCACUGCCCCGCCCCUCACCCUUCUUCCUCGGCCCUCCAGGGAAAAGGCUGUGCCUGGGCGAAGGCCUGGCGCGCAUGGAGCUGUUCCUGUUCCUCGCCACCCUUCUGCAGCGCUUCACCUUCCAGCCCACGUGCCCCCGAGAGCAGCUCGACAUCUCGCCCCUGAUGAGCGGCAUCGGCAGCGUGCCGCGCCCCUACGCCUUCCGCGCGCUCUCCCGCUGAUUCAGCCG